ACUUAACGUAUAUAUAAAAUGGUGCUUUUAUCUUUGGAGUUAAUGGAAAACAGACGCAAAAUUUUGGUUGAAGAAAUAAUUAAAAAUAUUAUCUGUGACGAUGUCUGUAAGCAAAUUUGAGAAAUGGGAAGAUCUUUCAGAACUACAGCGAUUAGAGUUCAUAUCAGAUCCAGAAAAUGUGCCUGAUUGCCAUUUUAUAGUUGGAAAAGCAACUGGUGAAAUAAAGCGUAUAUCAUGUCAUAAGAAAGUGCUUUCGCAAUGCUCGGAUGUCUUUAGCUCAAUGUUCAGUGGGAAUUAUUUAGAAUCAAAACAAAAUUGUGAAAUUAUAUUAGACGAUGUUCAGCCAAUUGCAUUUCAAUAUUUUGUGAAUUUCAUAUAUUUCAACGUUAUACCAUUUGAAAAAAGUAUAAAAGAGCUGCUUCAGCUAAUAUAUCUAAGUGACAAAUAUAUGAUUCGCAUGUUGAAUGAUAUUUGCCAUCAAUUUAUAAAUGACAACCUUCCAUUUAAAGUUACAAUACCCGAACUAGUGGCAAUUUUUGGAUCUCCACUUUUGCCAAAUUUUUAUGAAAAAAUUAAUCUCACUGAAUUCAACAUGGAAUGCACUGCAUUGAAGCUAUGUUCUGAUAUUUAUAAUUUGCGUGCGCCAAGAUUUGUAUUACUUCUCACAAAAAUUUAUAAGAAUUUAUCUGCAUUUGAUCUUUUUGUAAUCAUUGAGAAUUAUGUAGAAAAGAAUCUUAUACCAGAGAGAAAAGAUAAGAAUCAAAUAAUAAUUGAUCGCAUGAUUUCAAUGGUUCGUUUUCAGGAUAUGACGGCAAAGGAGUUUGUUGAUAGACCAAUGAAAUCUUCUCUUCUAAGUGUACACACAAAGUUGGAUAAACUUAUUAAUAUAUCCAAUAAAAUCAUAGAAAAACAGACAAAUCGUAAAAAACAACGCGAGGUGGAACGCCAAGUAGGAAAAGAACGCAAUAAUAAAGAGCGUGAAAAUCCGAGAUUCCCAAUCUCUCCAAAUUACAAACCAAGCGAGGUGGAACGCCAAGUAGGAAAAGAACGCAAUAAUAAAGAGCGUGAAAAUCCGAGAUUCCCAACCUCUCCAAAUUACAACUCUCCAUAUCAUAUGUCUUACAAACCACGUAAACAUUAUAACUAA